UUCACGGAGAAUGCACCCGGCGUGUUUGUUUUUUAGAAGAUGAUGAUAAUCGUGCUAAAAUAAUUUUAAAUCUUAGAAAUUCAUUAUUAUCUACAUUAUAAAUUAUAGGUCCAUACGAGAUAAAAAAUGAUUAUGACAUCAUUUCCACCUGAUAUUGUAUCUAAAGAUGAUAUUCACAAAUACAAUGAACUUCUCAACGAUCCAGAGGUGACUGCUGAUGCUAAUAAGUUGCGACAGAUACUCCAGAGCUUGUUAGUAGAGAUGACCAGUGGCAUGGACAUUUCUGAAGUGUUUAUGAGCGUCAUUAAGGUAUGCGGUAGCUCUAACAUGGUAAUCAAGAAGCUAGCCUAUCUGUACCUGAGUCAUUAUGCCGAAGAAAAACCAGACCUGGCCCUGUUGGUGGUGAACACACUACUAAAAGAUUGCAAGCAUCCAAAUCCAAUGAUACGAGGCCUAGCUCUGAGGACAUUUUCCUCCUUGAGGGUGCCAGCUUUUUUUGAGUACUCUACACAGGUGUGUCUGGACGGUCUUAAGGAUAAGAGUGCUUACGUAAAGCGAAUUGCAGUGAAUGCGUGUGCCAAACUUCAUAACCAACACCCACAAUUUACUCAGGACAACAACAUUGUUGAUACAUUGUAUGGUAUGAUACGAGAUAAAGAUCCUAUUACAGUUAUCAAUUGUCUUAUGAGUUUAGAAGAGAUACUGAGGAUGGAAGGAGGUGUGGUCAUCAAUAAGAAGAUUGCCUAUUAUCUCUUAAACAGAUUAAAAGAAUUCACAGAAUGGGGUCAGAGCCUCAUUUUCAAUCUUUUGCUGAAAUAUAAGGUCAAAGGUGAAGAUGAGGUCAUAGAUGUGUUAAAUCUAAGUGAUUCAUACUUGAAGCAUCCAAACUCAGGAGUAAGUCUUGCUGCAGUCACGAUGAUGUUACAUUUGACCUCUGGCCUCAGUAUCCGAGACGAUGUGUACAAAAGAGUAAGAGGCCCUUUGUUGAAUGUGCUAACAAGCAGUAGCUCUCAUGAACUUGUGUUUGCCGCCCUCUGUCACAUUCAGUGGAUAUUGGCAAUCUCUCCAACACUUUUUACGAAACAUUAUAAGAAAUUCUACUGCCGGUAUCAAGAGCCAGAGUAUAUAAAAUUCAAGAAGUUAGAUCUGCUACAAAGCCUUAUCACACCUUACAAUCUCCAGGAUAUUGUUGAAGAAAUAAGCGUAUAUUGUAAUGAUGUGUCAUCAGUAUUUGCCACACGUUCUGUGAAGACCAUUGGAUCCAUCGCAAAGAAGCCUUCUUGUACAAGCAUCUGUCUUAAUUAUCUACUGAGCAUGCUCCAGUUACAACUUAGUCAUGUGAUCUCGGAAGUGCUUGCUGGCUUCCAGGAUCUGCUACGUUAUGAGACAAACACAAAAUAUGUGGACAAAGUGAUGGAGCAUCUACCAAGCUGCGCAUCUUUUGUGUCGGACAUUAAAGGAAAGACUGCACUCUUGUGGCUGGUAGGCCACUAUGGAAAGAAUCUGCCUGAUGCCCCAUACUUACUGGAGGACUAUGUUGAGGCGUAUGAUCAGGAACAUUCGUCCCAAGUGAAAGUAGCACUACUCACAGCAACCACUAAACUGUUCUUCUACCGACCUGCAGAAUGCCAGUCUAUGCUGGGAAAGUUAUUGGAUAGUGCUAUAGCAACAGAAGAUGAUAUUGAGGUCAAAGAGAAAGCUAUGUUAUAUUACAGACUAUUACAGGCUGACGUCCAAAAGGCUAAGAAUGUCGUCUGCGCAUCAUUACAACCAAUCCCAGGAAAUUUAGAAUUGUCAAAACUGCAUGAUAUUCCAGAAGGGCAGUUUAACUCACUGUCAUUGCUCUUAGACAAGGAUUCUUUGCAUAGGGUCAAAGAAAGUGCAACAAUUAAUCAAGAAUUGUCACCUGCAAUUAAAAAGAAAGAAAAGUCACCAAUGUCAGAGAGCACUGUUGAGGGAACACUCGUUGAUAUAGCCAGCGACAGUGAAGCAAAAGAAUCAUUUGCAAGUUUAGGUGCAGAUGAAGAAUCUCUGGUUGAUGUAAAUAGCGCCCUCAACGACAAUGAAGCAGACACAGCGAAAGUUGAGGGGGCUCUUGAAGGAAUAACUGAUGUGGAAACUCGUAUUUUCAAGAACAGGAAAGAUGCUGUGAUGACUCCCACAGAAUUUGAAGAAAAAUGGAAUCAAUGGCAAACCAGGGUAGAUGAGGAGUUGCCACUCCUUGAAGGACCAUCAACAGCCGCCAUCCUUGAAGCUAUGUCAUCAAAUUCCAUCAAGACCUUAGCAACAUCUGAUAAUGCUUCCCAACCAUGGAAAGCAUUUUGCUUUAUACAGGAGGAGUCUGGUAGUUUUUAUCUUCUGGAACUCAAUUACCAUCAACAGAAUGAGAUGAUAGCCUACAAGAUUAAAUGUGAAGAUGGCUCAGAAGAAGCAAUUUUUUCCCUAGUAAAGGUGUUAAGAUCCUGCCUCACAUAAGAGUCAACACUGCCUAUCCAGGCCCAACAAAAUGGCAGAAUUUGGCCAAGAUCUGCAAAACAUGCAUUCUUAACCAAUCUAAAUGAUGUCAAUGUUAUAUCUGGAAAUACACUCUCCAGACAGACUGUUAGUAACAUCGACCAUGUUAUUAAAAUUCAGUGGUAGAUUAAUAUUAAUAUUAUGAAGUACAAUAUAUUGACCUUAAUUUGAUUAUACACAUUUCCAAUAAAACCUCAUCUGUUUGAAUAUUACAGAGCUUUUGAUAUGCACGAGUCACUCUUAUCUAUGACUGUCCUCUGUACAACGUAAAUUAGGGCCAAAUUGCGUCCCAGAAUCCUUUGUGUCGUCAUUACGUUGUAGGUUCUACUUCUAGUUGAAUGCUCCCUAUUGGUGUUAAAUCCACAAGAAACUACAUUUAAAAUACAAAGGAGUAUUUUAUAUAUUUCCUUCAACAUCAUUUAUUCACUAAACAUUAAUAUAAAUUAUAUCACAUAAACGAAUCUUUUGUAUAAAAUAUAUACUAACAGACGUAAAUAUAAAUAAAUAUAUGUGCAUAUGACAUUUGAUGACUGACAUUAAAAUCAUCUUCACAGACAAUGCUUUGUUACGAUUACAAUUUAGCCUUAUAUACAUAUACAUAAAAAAGAAUAUCCAACUAUUUGUACAUUGAAACGGACACAUGCAUACUCGAUAAAGAUAUUAAUCUAUAUAUAUAAUGUUGAAAA